AUGGCUGCAGCAAACCCGAAUACGGUGUCCUGCAAGGCUUACCCCGGCAGCAAUUUGGCCGUCCGUGACAAUGAAAACAGACCCUAUCUUGCCCCUGCUAAUCCAAAUGAUCCCCACCAGCAGUGGUACAAAUAUGGUAAUGAGAAUGCUCCCUUUUCUCUCGUUAAUAAAGCUAGUAAUCAGGCCCUACAACAUCUUCCCGACUACGCUAUUGUGACUUUGGUUCCUUACAAUCCACCUGAUGAGUCUGUGUUGUGGGCACUAGGACAAGUUGAUGAUGAAGGUUAUGGACCUAUAAUAACUCCUCAUGUUGCAUUGUAUUUGGAAGCUGAUGAUGGUGGUGCUACAAUUAAAGUCGGCAACUUCGUUUAUGAAAAUGACAACCAGCUAUGGAAAUUGAGCCCCACUAUUGAAUACUUGUGA